CGGAGCUUCGAACGACACACUGUCAGACCCGUACUCGUUGCCCGCGUCCCCGUCUUCCUCUCUUUCUCACACUGUGUCGACGUCAAUGCAAUAGCAUUGGCCCACGUCGACGAUGCCCCCUCGGAUGCGCUCCUCUAGAUUCUCGUCCCUUCCCCGGCCUUCUCCCAACCGAACCUCAUCCGCACGUCAAUCCAUCGCACAAAAUACUCAGACAUCACGUCAGUUCUCACAAACACCAUGCCAUCAAGUCACAUUACGGCGGCGGAAGUUCUACGCGUGGCUCAAUGGCCCAGGGAUGCAGCUGAAGGAGCCUCUUCCCGAGUCUACCAACUACCUUGGCGCCUAUGACCAGAACGGUACCUUGGUCCGUGCCGGGCCAGAGUACCAGCGAGCAUCAGCAAGAUCCCGAGAUGAGAGCAAAAUUAAACUCAAAGAGUCUCGAGACGAAGCUGCAGCACCAACAGAAGAGACGACGACACCAGAGGGGCAAGAAUCGUUAGAAAAGUUGGAGUCUGCGGCACGGGAAGAGGACGCUAAAAAGAAGGACGCGGAGCAGGAUGGCUCGAAGCUUCCCCCGGAGACAGCAGAAGAUCUCCGCCCAUACCCCAUGAAUCCGUACUUCCGCAGCCAGCCUGUUUUGAGCGAAGAGUUGCGAGAAGCUAUCUACCAGCGUGUGAAGCGUGAUGGAGCAACAGUGUCGCUUGCCAGCGUCGAGUUCGGUGUCAGCAACGAGCGUGUUGGCGCUGUCGUACGUCUCAAGCAGAUGGAGAAAGAGUGGAUCGCACAGGGUAAAACUUUAGCAAUUCCAUACGCAAAGGCGCUUCUCGAAAUGCUUCCCACAACACCGCACAUCGAUACGUCGGACCCCAUGAACAAGGGCAAGAAACCCAUCGUCCACGAACCCAUCAACGACCUGAUCGUGCAUCCUGCCACUCGCCAACAGCUGUGGGUACCUGUCGCCGAAUCGAGACAGUUUACACGUGAAGACGCGGGUAAGGCUUUCGAUAACAGCCUACUCCCCGCGGAUAAGCGCAUUCCCCAUCCUGAACUGGUGCUGGCGGAACGUGAACUCGCCUCUGGUCUUUCCUUUGAAGAGCGCCGCGGGCUUGCUGAGAAGCGUUUCGCGGAGGAGGUGGCAGAGAAGAAGCUUGAGGAACAGGCAAAGCAGGCGGAGCUUCAAGCACAGAAGGUCGUGCCGCAGCGAAGAUGGGACUUUGUGUUCAAAGACAUCAGCGUGGAAAGCGCUGGCCGUAACGGAAGGGACGCAAAGGGCGUUGGGUGGAGAUAUGGUCUCCCCCACCAGGACCGCAAGAAGGGACAAGUCAAGAUUCCCACCAAGGUCGAAGCUUAAGCUUGUACUAUAUGUAACACUAUUGUCUGUCUAUACCACGUGUGACACACGGAUGGCAUGGGGAGCGCGGAUUGCAUUGGCCAAGGUGCCUGCAUUUAGCAUUUGAGCAAUAUACCUACGUUUUAUGUUCACCCAACCAUUUGGUUCGAGCGAGAGAUUCUUCCAAGACGACCUUCUUUAUGCAACAGCAGCCACUC